GGUGGGGAGAUAUCCUUGAAAGGGGACUUUGGGCAGCAGCAGAGGGGACAGAUUUGGAAUCUUUGGGUCUAGAACACACUUGAUAUUAGGGCUUGUAGGUCUGAGGCAAUAGAUAGCGCUAAACGGGAGUGAGGUGAGUGUGUGCGCCUAUCUUCCUGGUCCACACCCUGCGCGGAUAGUCUCAGAUUUAUGUGCCACAGAACUGGGGAAGGGAAAUAAAGGGGAGUCAACAUUCCUGCGUGUGAAGAUAAUGGAGCAGAAUGGGAGGGGUCUAGGGUUCCUGAGCCCUUUCAGGUUUUUACUAUGGAAGUCCCAUCUCGGGGAGGAGUGCGUCUCUAUUCUAACUCUCUCUUGUCCAGCAGAUACUCGAGACACAGCCUCGUUAACUCUGAAGUUUAAGUUUAAUCCAAGGCUGGGCAUUGACAAUCCCGUUCUCUCCCUGGCUGAAGACCAGGACCAAUCUGAUCCCUGGAACCUGCAGCGGCCUCGCUUCUGUCUGCUGAGCAAAGAGGAGAAAACGAGUUUUGGGUUCCAUCUGCAGCAGCAGCUGGGCAAGGCUGACUAUGUGGUGUGCAGGGUAGAUCCAGGCACUUCUGCCCAGCGCCAUGGUCUCCGGGUAGGAGACCGGAUCCUAGCGGUGAACAAUAACAAUGUGGAACAUGAGGACUAUGCAAUGGUAGUGCGCUACAUCCGGGCCAGCGGCCCCCGGGUGUUGCUGACUGUCCUAGCACAACAAGUGCAUGAUGUGGUGCGUGCUCAGCAGGGGAGCGAUGUCCUCUGUUGUCCGUCCCUAGGCUCUGAGGUCAGGCCCCGGUUGUGCCACGUAGUGAAAGACGAAGGUGGCUUUGGUUUCAGCAUCACCCAUGGAAAUCGGGGUCCUUUCUGGCUUGUGCUCAGUGCUGGAGGAGCUGCUGAGAGGGCAGGGGUGCCCCCUGGGGCCCGGCUGCUAGAAGUGAAUGGGGUCUGUGUGGAGAAGUUCACUUCCAGCCAGCUCAGUAGGAAGCUUUUGCAGAGUGGAGAUCAGGUGACUCUGCUGGUGGCAGGGCCGGAGGUAGAGGAACAGUGUCAUCAACUGGGAAUGCCUCUUGCUGCACCCCUGGCAGAGGGCUGGGCACUGCCUGCCAAGCCCCGCUGUCUAAACAUAGAGAAAGGGCCUCAAGGCUUUGGGUUCCUGCUCCGGGAGGAGAAGGGCUUGGAUGGUCGCCUUGGGCAGUUCUUGUGGGAAGUGGAUCCAGGACUGCCAGCUGACAAGGCUGGGAUGAAGGCUGGGGACCGCCUGGUGGCUGUGGCUGGGGAGAGCGUGGACGGGUUGGGCCAUGAGGAAACCGUGUCCAGGAUCCGAGCACAGGGCUCUUUCGUCUCCCUCAUUGUCGUCGAUCCUGAGGCUGACCGCUUCUUCAGCAUGGUACGGCUGUCUCCCCUCCUAUUCUUGGAGAACACAGAGAUGGCUGCCUCCCCUCUGGCAGAAACCAAGGAUCUUCCAGUUGAAGAUGCAAUUGAACCUUCUGGCACUGUUGACUCCCGCCAAUGCUUCUUGUACCCUGGGCCCGGAGGUGGCUAUGGAUUCAGACUCUGUUGUGUGGCCAGUGAGCCUCGUCUCUUCAUCUCCCAGGUGACCCCAGGAGGCUCAGCUGCCCGAGCAGGGCUACAAAUGGGAGAUGCAGUUUUGGAGGUGAACGGAUAUCCUGUGGGUGGUGACACUGACCUGAACAGGCUUCAGCAGCUGGCUGAGGCCGAGCCACCCCUCUGCUUGAAGCUGGCAGCUAGGAAUCCACAGGGCUUAGAAGCCUGGAUUUCCUCGGAGUCUGGAAAGGGCUGGACCCUGGCCUCAGAGUUGCUAUAGGAUACACCUGUUUGGCACAGACUUGCCUAGUGGUUUUCCUGCCCUUGCUCCUGCACCCUGAGGUGGAGGGAGCUAGGAAUGGUGUCUCCAAACUGGAAGUGGGAGCUGGAAGAUUCAGACACCAAUGACCACAUGACUGCCAGGGACCUUCUUCCCUUCUCACAAGCCUACCUCCAGCAGAGGGGUGAGGACAGAGGCCCCAUGAGGGACCCCAAGUCUACACAGGAUGUUCUGUAGACGUUCUGAGGACCUGUGUUACAAAGAUGAAUU